CUAUUAUUUUUCUUGCAGCCGAGUUAUUUUGUUUUGAUUUGUGUUAAUUAAUUGCAAGUAAUUAGCUUAAAUUGUCUGUUAAAUAGAAAGGCAACAAAAUGGAGGCGGUGCCGCGAUUGCACAUGCUCUGGUUCGCUCUUAAAUCGAGUCCCGAAGGAACCUCCUUUGCGGCUUUGAAAAAGUACAUUGCGGAAUUCUAUCAUGAGGACCCCGAGGCCUAUUCCAAGGAGGUGCAUGCCCUGGAGACCCUGCGAAACCAGGCAAUGAACACCACCAAGGAUGGGGCACCGGUGAUGAAGCGCUACUACUGCCAGCUGCACGCCCUCCAGAACCGAUUUCCCCAGCUGGCCGAUCGCGGGAUCUUCACGUUCACGUGGAAGGAUCUCUAUCACAGUGCCGUGCACGAGGUCAGCGACUUGAGAUUCGAGCGGGCCGCCGUGCUGUUCAACAUUGCGGCAUCGCACACGCAAUCCGGAGCUUCGGUGACCCGCGGUGAUGUCGAUGGCAUGAAGAUGGCCUGCACCCACUUUCAGGCGGCGGCUUGGGCCUACGGAGAGCUGAGGGAGCGCUAUGCCAACGUGAACAGUGGCGGAGACUUCAUGACCCACGAGCUGUUGGUGUUCCAGCAGCAAGUGUGCUUUGCCCAGGCCCAGGAAUGCAUACUGGAGAAGUCACUGAUCGACAACCGGAAGCCACACAUCGUGGCCAAGGUGACCGCCCAGAUUGUGGUCUACUAUGGAGCCGCCCUGGCUGCCCUGCUAACCGGAGGAGAUGAUGGUCCGGUGGCCCAGGUCAUCGAUAGCUCGGUGUACAAGCUGUGGAAGAAGUACGUGCGCUUCAAGAUCAACUAUCUGACCUGCAUCUUGUACCUCUAUCAGGGGCAGCACUCCGAGGAGAAACGUCAGAUGGGCGAGCGGGUGACGCUCUAUCAGGCCUCAUGGGACAAACUGGAGGAGGCGCGCAAAGAGUCCAAGGGUUUGCCCGAUCAGCGGGAGAUCAAUGAAUCCCUGAGCUUCACCGCUGAUGUGGUGGAGGCCAAGCGCAAGAAUGCCAAAAACGAGAACGAAUUCAUUUACCACGAAGCGGUGCCGGAACUCUCCACCAUUGCAGCGGUCCAAGGUGCCAAUCUGGUCAACGGCAUCGGGUUUCAAGUGACCGACGAGGAGCACUCGGGACCAGAUAUCUUUGCUCGAUUGGUGCCGAUGAAGGCCCACGAAGCGAGUUCUUUGUACAGCGAGGAGAAGGCCAAACUGCUGCGAAAGUAUGGAGCCCUGCUGGAGGAGAAGGACACCCAACUGGAGGCCUACAUGAGCUCGCUCACCCUGGACAACCUUAAUAUCAACGAGGAACAGGCCAACAAGUUGCCACAGGGCAUUGUCGAUCGCUGUGCUGCCUUGAAUGCCAACAAGACUGCCAUUAGCGAUCUGGUGGAGGCCAUGUCUCAGCUGGCCGAGAUUACGGCCGAUGUGGAGACCAAUCUCGGCGAGAUUUCUCAAAUACUGGAAGCGGAAUCCAAGGCGGAGCGGGAAUUCCAGUCGGUGAGCGGCGUCCAGCGAACUCCAAAUGCUCACAUUACGGAGUUAACUCGAGAGUUCCAGAAGUACAGUGAAGCUCAUGCCCGAGCAGGCGAGUCCAAUAACACCCUAAGAAAGGCCAUGAGCCUGCAUGUGAAUAACCUGAAAAUCCUGGCCCGACCGUUGCCCGAAAUCCAACAACUGAUGCCCAAACUAAGUUCCGAAUUGAAUACCACCGAAAUCUUCAGAGAUGUGAAGCUCAUCCUCAACAAGGUCAACGAAAUGAAGGCCCAGCGAGCCCAAUUCCAUGCGGAUCUAAGGAUAGCCAUCAACGAGGACGAUAUUACGGGCAAAGUGAUUGCCCAUGGUGGUCAGGAGGGUCUCCAAGCUCUAUUUGCCACCGAGCUGGGCAAGCACGACAAGAUAACCGAACUCCUGGACCAAAACAUGGUGGCUCAGGCCAACAUUUUGCAAGCUCUAACUGAAAACUAUGCCAAGGCGGCACCGGUUCUGAAGACGCUGCAGGAUGUGAAGCAGAAACGGGAGCACUUCUACAGCUCCUUGGCUGCCUCCUAUGACGUGUAUGAGGAUCUGCUGGCCAAGUCGGCCAAGGGUCUGGAAUUCUACAAGAAGCUGGCCGGCAAUGUGCAGAAGCUACUCACCCGAUUUCGAUCCGCCAGGGAUGUGCAGUCCGAGGAGCGACAGCAAAGGAUGCAGAGCGUCAAGGCGGCCACCACGCCGGUGGUCAGUAAAGUAAUCCCGGAAGCAGUACCUUCGCCAGCGGUCAGUAGCACGCCCAAAUUGAGGGAUUACCUCAAGGCCAAGGCGGCAAUGGCGGAUGCCUCGAAUCCCGCCACUCCGGGCUAUGUGCCCACAGUGCGUCCGGUGCCGGUGGGCUCGGAGAAUCCCACCCAGGCCGCAUGCUCCUAUGCCACUGCACCGCCAAAUGAGCCGCCGCCACCGUACAGUCUCACCCAGCAGCAGUACUUUGAUCCCAGUGCCGCCGGCUACACGAAUCCCAUGUACCAACAGCAGCAGCAGCACAUCGCUCCACCGGCCUACAAGGCCCAAGCGUCGCCCAAUUCCCAGACGCUCCACGCAGCAAUGGCCCAGAUGAAUCUGCAGGCACAGGCGCCGGAUAACAACCCGGCGGACUCGGGCUACAGCCAGUACGGGUAUGCCAGUGGAGCAGUGCCUCCGCUGACCUAUGCUCCACCCGCAGCUGGAACUGCUCCGGCCAGUUCAGCUGCUCAGGGAUUCAACAUCCAGCAGCCCUUGUAUGUGGCCACUUCGGGCAAUCCCCAUCCGGUUUCAAAUGCCAGCGAGCUGCCCUCCUCCCUCCAGGCCCCGUUUGUGGUCAAUCAGAUGGCCAAUCAGUACCAGGGAACGGCAGGCUAUCCCGGACAGGGCUACCAAACGCAACAGGUGUCUUACCCGCCGGCAUCUACUGGAUAUCCGACAGGACAGGCCAUGGCAUAUGCUCCCAAUCAGUCGGUGCAGCAGCAACCAGGAGGAUAUCUCCAAGCUCAGACUGCGGCUUAUCCCCAGCAGCCAUCAGCAGGAUAUUCCCAAUCUCAUACGCCACAGCAGUCCACUGGAUAUCCCCAGUCACAGACACCGCAACAACAGGUCACAGGUUACUCUCAAAGCCAACCACCUGCUGGAUUUACCCAGCCACAGACACCGCAGCAGCCAAAUGCAGGUUACACACAGACGCCACCGCAGCAGGCCACAGGAUAUGGCCAAUUCCAGGCACCACAACAACCCCUGCAAUAUCAGCAGCAAUCGACGGGUUAUACACCUCAGCAGCAGCAGCAGCCAGCUCCGCAACAACCUUCACUCUAUCCCUCGCAGGCCGUCCAGGGAUCGCCUCAAACCAUUCCAGGGCACCAGCCUUUGCCACAGAACUCUGUGCCAUCCAUGCAGUAUCCACAGCAGUUCGGUGAUACCCAUGCACCUCCAGCUCCAGCUCCUGGAGUGUCUCCCGUGCCGAGUCCAGCUCCAGCUCCAGCUCAAACGCCUGCAUCCACACCAGCUCAGGCCACAGUUCCCGCCUCUACCUAUCACUCAGCCAACUACAGCAGCUACUCCAACCAUCCCGGCUACAGUUUCAAUCCGCAGACGGGAGUAUUCGAGUACAACAGUGGCUAUCAGCAGGAUAGCAGCUCCCUGAAGGGAUCGCAGGGAUCUCAGGGCUACCAGUUCAGCCAGAGCGGCAAACAGCAGUCGGUGGGCACCACAGACUCGGAGCACGCCAAACGCAGCAAUACGGCCACCGGAUUCGAUUCACCCAUCGUAUCCCACACCAAGGCUAGUCUGCCAGCUAAGGACUCCAAUGCGGCGGAAGGGGACAAGGAGUCGACCAACUACUAUACAACUCCUUAUGGCUACCAUGGCAGCCAGACACCCCAGCCGCAGCAGCCCACUCCUAAGCCUCCCACGAGCUCCAUUUACAUGCAGAGCGGUGCCACCAGCACGGCCCACACGCAAACUACAACCAGUGGACCGCCGUACGCCUCCUCCACAGCGUCGGUUAAAGUGGAACCCAAGGCAGAGGUGGUGGCCGUGGCCCCCAAGGUGUCCAGCAAUGUGGAUCUGCUGAGUGAUUUGGACAUUGACUGCUCCGUGGCUGUACCGCCGCCCAUGUUGCCGCAGCCCGUUUUGCAGCCCCAGGUGGUGGCCACACCCACUCCACCAGGAAGUCAGGUGUCGGCUCCCGUUAAGCCCGAAAGUGUGGUCGAGACCGCUGCUCCCACAUCUCCGGAGAUUCCACCAGCAACCGCCGAGGAAAUCGCUCCAGCUGCAACUGAACCCAAGAUCCAAGCUCCAAGAUGCACCAGUCUGGACAAUCUCUCCAACUGCUCUGAUUUAAGCUCCCUGGAGAAUUUCGACUGGGACUCGGUGUCCCUAACACAUUCCGCCAAUGAGAAACAGUCCAAGGCCUCGGCAGCCAAUGGGCAUUCGAACAGUUUUGCAUUCCAAGCCGAAACAUUCACCGACGAAAAGACCACGAAAUAUUUCCAAAAGGAGGUCGAGAGCUACGAGAAGUUGCUGGAGAAUCUGCACGUGAAAAUGCUGAACGGGAAGACCCAACUGGGUGCCAAGUGGCAGGAGUUGCAGCAGAAACUGGACAAAGACCCGAGUGCCAGCAAGCGAUUUACCACAAUUGCGAAACUGUUCCCGGAGAAAAACAGAUCCCUCGAUUGUCUGCCCUACGAUCAUGCUAGAGUUAAGCUGGACAAGCAGACAGAUGAUUACAUCAAUGCAGCCUACAUGAAGAACUUAAGUGCCGGCUGUCCCAACUUCAUCGUCGCUCAGACACCGCAGCCGAAUACCAUAAACGAUUUCUGGUCCAUGAUCUGGUCGGAAAAGUCACGUACUGUGGUCUGUCUGCAUACCACAAAUGAGCUUUUCGAUCCCUACUGGCCGCAGGCCUUGGACCAGCCCACUCACUAUGACGACUACACGGUGACCUGUGUGAGGGUGCAGCCACUUAGUCACUGCUCCGAGUAUCAACUAAAAUUAUCCAUGCAUGGUGCAGAUGCCGUCCUGGAUUUGUCCCUUCUUCAACUGAAGCAGUGGACCAAGGGGGCACCCGCUCAACUUUUGGGAGUGGCCCAAAAUGCGCUGGAGACCCAUCGACAGCGCUGCCAGGCAGCUAACGCCCCCGACUCGCCGCUCAUCAUGAACUGUUUAACGGGCUCAGAGCGCUCCGAACUGUUGGCCAUUGGUGUAUGCGCCAUUAUAGCCACUCAGAGCAAGCAGCCAAUUUUAAUCAAUAUCGUUGAUGUUUGGUCGCGCAUUUGCGCACAGCGUCAAAAUUCUCUGCGUGAUUCGGCCAUUCUGGAACAGUCCAUGCAGAUUUUACUUUGCAAUGCCCACAAUGUGCUUAACAAACGUGGCAUAAUGACAUCAUAUCAAAUGAAAAAUGCGCCGCAGGUGACUGCGAAGGAUCAGCAGGAGACCAAGGAUCCGCUCAACGAAUUGGAUGCACUCUGGAAGCUGAAAUGAACGACUGAACGAAACAAUCAAUAGCGGCAACAAAACUAACAAAACUAAAGCUAUAUGUGUAAUCAAACCUAUUUCUAACGAUCUGAUAUUGUUGCAAACAAUUUAAGACAAGACAAAAGUAUUUCUAAUCUAUAUCGUAAUUGUCUUUUUCAACUGUUAUAAGAAGUGUAUUGCAAAGCGAACCGUGAUGUGUUAAUGGGAUAUUGUCAAGCGUUUCAAACUAAUCUAUACGAGUACAUUAUUUAUCAAAGAACCAUAACUGGAUAUUGUCAAACAUUUAUAUCACCUAAUAAUAAUAAAUAUCUUAAAAAUCAAA